CUCUCGGCUCUGGGAAGCUUCUAAAGUGGCCGACAUGGCUCACAACGAGACGGAAAAGCGCGAGCGGGUCAUCUACAAGGUUGUCUUGACUGGCGGUCCUUGCAGUGGUAAAACAACUGGGCAAGCAAGACUGUCAACCUUCCUUGAAAACUAUGGCUGGAAGGUGUUCCGUGUGCCCGAGGCGGCAACAGUCUUGCUCAGUGGAGGUGUCAGAUUUCCUGACCUAACACCUGCAGAAGUGGAAAAGUUCCAAGAGAACCUCCUAAAGACCAUGAUGUCGAUGGAACAGGCCUACUUUGAUCUCGCCACCACCAGCAAAAAGAACUGCCUCAUCAUCUGUGAUCGUGGCACAAUGGAUGCAUCUGCAUUCGUGAGCAAAGAAAUCUGGGAUAGGAUAAUCAAGGCUCAUGGCUGGAACACGGUCGACCUGAGGGACAACAGAUACAACCAGAUCAUUCAUCUGGUGUCUGCUGCCAACGGUGCUGAGGCCUUCUAUAACACGGAAGACAACAGCUGUCGCACGGAGGGCAUUGAGUUGGCACGGGAGCGAGACAAGCUGGCAGCUCACGCUUGGAUAGGCCACCCUUACAUGGAUGUAAUCGACAAUUCCACCGAUUUUGACACCAAAGUGAGAAGGAUGAUAGAGAGCGUCUGCCGCCGAAUUGGUGUCGACACCGGAGACCGGUUGGCACUCAACAGUCGCAAGGUCAAGUUCCUCGUCAGCUCGUUACCCCCGGACAGCGCAUUUCCUCCCUACCAAGACUUCGAGGUGGUGCAUGAUUACCUGAUCACUCCAAAUCCCAAGGCUCAGUCUCGUCUUCGCAAGCGGGGCCAGAACAACUACUGGAGCUACAUGCACACCCAACGGAAAUGCGACGUCAACAGCCAGGUGAUCGAGCUGAGGCGCCAGAUCACCCACAGGGACUACAUUAACAUGCUGGCGCAGCGUGACGAUUCCCACUACACGGUGUACAAGCUCCGUCGCUGCUUCCUCUGGGGCAACAUGUACUUCCAGAUGGACAUCUAUAAGAAGCCCUGCCACUCCAGGUGCGAAGGCCUGAUCCUGCUGGAGACGUACACGGCUCACGGCUCUGCCGAGCUAAAGGGCCAGCUGCCCUCGUUCCUGGACAUCAGCAAGGACGUGACGAGCGACCCCAACUACUCCAUGUACUGCUUGUCCUUCAAAGGGGAAAAGCCGCCCUUGCCUUUCGUCAACUUCACACCCAACGGGCACGCCUAGGGGGUUGCCUUUUUCCGGGGAGGGAGUGGAGCUUCAUCGAUUGCUUGUCCAAAGUUUAGUUUGAUCCAGUCGACAACCCAAAGGUUUUUUUGUUUUCUCUCUCGGCGGACGAGGGUCGCAAACUGGUGUCUGCGGCGUCUCUCGCUCUGCGGAGUAGGUGUCAAUUGGCGGUCCUAGCCGCGUACGAAGCAGACGUCGCCAACUACAGUUUGCCCAGAAAUUAGAAUUGUGACCUCCUCCCGGCAUGGGGCUAGUGGAGCUAGCAAAGAGAUUUUCUUUCGGUAUGUGAAGAUGUAGAGAAUGUAUAGUUGGCUAGAUCCACGCAAUUAGACUGGAAUGUUUUUCUGUUUGUCGGCGACACGGGGGUUCACCCUUUUUUUUUUGUGCUUAAAGUUGGCCGAGAGUACUUGGAGGCCCUACUGCUCUCGGGACUUGUGUAGUCAAGAUUUACUUGCAGAGGUCCUGUGAUCCGGGAGGAAUUGGUACUUUUCUUUUUGCCGGAUUUCUAAUCUCAAGCCGACGUGGCACACCUUGGAUGUAGUAGUUGCAGUGAAAGAGUCUACCUGUGCUCCGUCGUGUUUAGAUGUCAGUGUGCAUCAAUGUAGUCCCCUCUAAGAUAGCCUUCGCUCCUCUAUGUUCACGCGUGGCUGUUUGCAGGAUCCGCGGCUCUUUUCGCAGAUCUGUAACCUUCGUUACGAGACCUUGAGGACGUUAUUAGAGGGCUGCCUGGCAUAGCCUGCCCUGUAGAUCUGCAUAUACAUCCUGUAGCCUUUAUUAUUACUUUUCAUUUUUCGUGCACACAAGUUUUUUAACUAAGCACUGAAAUCUUUUAUUCUCAACAAGCGCCCGAAGGAUCUAUUUUACGAGGUUUGGAGGUGUCGCGAUCGAAAGCUGUGAUGAGAUGGAGCCGUUUCUGCCAUACGGAGGUGUCGGACCGACGGGUCUUGGCAUUUUUUUCCUGUAUUGUUGCCUCGCAAGUACUCUACACUGUUUGUGCGACAGCUACAAACUCUCCCCCAUACAAGCGUUGUAGCUUAUUGGCGUGCUUGUUAUACCAAGAGAUGACGUCGAUAGUGGAUGCGCAUUUGGUAACAUUUAAAUUUUUCUACGAAAUGUGUGAUAAUUCACUCGUAAUAUUUAUUAGGAUUGUUAAUGGAAACAGCGCAAAUUUAUAUCAAUUUAACGGCUACUUACGAGGAUUUCCUGCUACUCUAAUGAAAUUUGCUAUUUAUACCAUCCUAAUUGUUCAUUUUGUGCGCUAUUAAGCUAUGAAACUUGUUAAUUGUUGUGGUUUAAAAACUGGUGGCUGCAUAAAGAAGUAUUUUUACAAGUCCUGGUGCAGCUUUUGAAGAGCACCACUGCAUAAAGUCUUUCUUCCGAUUGAAAGUGUUUUCAAAUGCAAAUUUGUGCGUUGGAAUUUCGACUUGAUUUUCGUGUCGCUUUGAGCUGUUUGGGUGCACCAUGUGUAUAGUCGGCCGUGUCGAGUGUACCACCAGUUCCUGUAGAUCCACCGAGCCACAGAAAUGUGUGACGGUUUCUGUGCCUUAUUGUAUAACCGGUAUACUAUAUUCUUAUUCCCGGGUCGAGGGUUUCUACUGUGCAGGGAAAGGUAACCGUGCGAGUCUUGAUUUGUGACGGUGUUUGAAAGAGUUGGAUCUAGUUCGUCUUGCCGGGAAAUGAGUACUUAAUUUGGUUGCCUCUAGCAUUUAUAGCAACCCGCACCUUCGUUUCUCAUUAAUGCUUCCAGUUUAUUUUUCAAUGUUCCUUUUAAGAAACGUCUAGUCUUGCAUUGGGUGUGCAACAGUCGUGAUGCGUGAUGAAAUGUAGGUGAUUUAUUUCACAGCGAGCAAGGGUGAUACAUUCUGGUCGUUAAUUUUCUUGAAUAGCACCAGGGUUAAAUGUUCCACAUUUCUAGAAGUGGGGUUUAGAAUUUUUGUCAAUAAUUUCCACAUAGUUGCUUGUUAUGUCUGGCCUCUAAAAGGUUUGUGAAUGCUUGGUUUCCCGAUGGUAGUUGCCUUGUAACAAGGUUAUGUCUGCGGUCAUUGUGUCGGAUGUUGUUUAUGUACGAGCUUUGGCGUUUCCACGGCUUGCUUUGUUCGGAAAGUGUAUGAAUAGUGUUGUGUUAGGGUCUUCUAUUAUGCCAUAAUUUUGUUCAAAUACGACUCUGAGCACACUUCAUUGACGGCUGUGCGAAGAAGUCUCAUUUAUGGACGACGGGCUCUCAGUGUCUCAAGCAUUUGUCACCUUGCUUCAAUGUCAUGUGUGUACAGUGUUAACUUGGAGCUUGUUGGUGAUUCUCAACAGUGUUGCAAUUCUCCCUUCUAUUGGAAUAAUUUGUGGUAAUCCAUUUUUCAUUUCUUUUUUGCCACGAGUACUUGGCAACCCCAGUACUUUUGUUCCGAGUUCCCAUAUGUGGAAUACAUAAAAGAAUCUGCACCAAGGCA